AAUACCUCAGAAUGUCUAAAGACUGUAAACAAGAGAUCAAAUCAGAACAAGUGGAGAUCCCAGAAAAGUCAAACGGUUUCCUGUGCCCAAUGUGUGGAGCACAUUACUUUUCAGAAGACUACUUUGUUGAGCACAUCAAAGAACAUAAAACAAAUUCAAAUUAUAGUACAAUAAAACAAGAACUUACACCUGAAUCAGAUAAACCAUAUAUUUUUAUCUGUCCAGUUUGUGCUGAACAUGUUUACUCAGAGAGUCUGUUAAUAGAACAUGUAAAGCAGCACCAUGAUCAUAGCAGGCCAGAAGUACCUGACUACUUUGAUACUUCAGAUAACUUGACUGGAACUGAUCCUCAGAGGACAUUAGUUCUGUCUCUUAGUAAGAGUCCGCCUGUGAGACCAUUUAGGUGUUCACAGUGUACAUUCAGUGCAGCAUAUUCGAGAACACUUAUAGAACAUCAAAAGAUUCACUCUAGCUCUGUAGAGAACCGUUUAAAAUGUUCUGAGUGUUCAUUUGCUACAAAACAUACCGGUGAUCUUACUGUACAUAUGAGAACUCACUCAGGUGAGAAACCCUUCAAGUGUUCUGAGUGUUCAUAUGCUGCAAAAUAUUCAAGUCAUCUUACUAGACAUAUGAGAACUCACUCAAGUGAGAAACCCUUCAAGUGUUCUGAGUGUUCAUUUGCUACAAAACAUGCAGGUGAUCUUACUGUACAUAUGAGAACUCACUCAGGUGAGAAACCCUUCAAGUGUUCUGAGUGUUCAUAUUCUGCAAGACGAGCAGAUCAUCUUACUGUGCAUAUGAGAACUCACUCAGGUGCAAAACCUUUCAAGUGUUCUAAGUGUUCAUAUGCUGCAAAACAUGCAAGUCAUCUUACUAGACAUAUGAGAACUCACUCAGGUGACAAACCCUUCAAAUGUUCUGAGUGUUCAUAUGCUGCAAGACAAGCAAUGCAUCUUACUAAACACAUGAGAACUCACUCUGGGGAGAAAUGCAAGAUCCAGGCUGUUAGGGAGGUUUAUCAGAAGCAGGGGGAGGGUGUCAGUGUGGUUAUUUGUGGUGAUAUGAACUCUCAGACAACCAGUUUAGUUCAUGCUUAUCUCACUGAUGGAGUGGUCUCGCAGGUCGAGAAUGGGGACGAAUUGCAAAACUUCUUGCAUAAAAAUGUUUGGAAUCCUUUAAAACUUACUCUGGCCCGGGGUGAACCAAACUACACAAACUAUACUGCUGACUUUAAAGACGUUAUAGAUUACAUCGUGUGUGACGAAAAUUCAACGGUUGGUCACGUGACUCUAUCUCCAAAUCUGUCUGAUCUGGAGAAAAAGUGUUCAUAUGCUACAAAACAAGCAAGUCAUCUUACUGUUCAUAUGAGAACUCACUCAGGUGAGAAACCCUUCAAAUGUUCUAAGUGUUCAUAUGCUGCAAAAUAUGCAAGUCAUCUUACUAGACAUAUGAGAACUCACUCAGGUGAGAAACCCUUCAAGUGUUCUGAGUGUUCAUAUGCUACAAAACGAGCAGGUGCUCUUACUGAACAUAUGAGAACUCACUCAGGCAAGAAACCCUUCAAGUGUUCAGAGUGUUCAUUUGCUGCAAGACAAGCAGGUAAUCUUACUGAACAUAUGAGAACUCACUCAGGUGAUAAACCCCUUAAACUCUUCAAAUGUUUUGAGUGUUCAUUUGCUGCAAGACAAGCAAUGCUUCUUACUAGACACAUGAGAAGUCACUCUGGGGAGAAAUGA